AUCCUCCCAACUCCCACUUCCCACUUCGUACGAAAGAAAAAAACUAUGAAAAGAAAAUAAAACAAACGCACGUAGGCAUGUCCCAACUCCCACUUUCCUUCUCCCAAAUCCCUCGAUCUCGUUGCUCCCCGUACAAGAAUCGGCGUCGUGGACCUCCUCACGCCUACGGCGACCUCUAGCGGUUACACACAGAAGCCCUUGCCAUCUCAUCGUUCUUCACCGGGUCUAGGAGGAGCUCGACGCGGGAAGGAAGACGAGCAGGAGGGCCGUGUCGCCGCAGCGAUGAAGGAGGCCCAGCGAGUGGCAACGGGUGGCGGUAGACCGGCUGGUGGCCCAACGGACGGCGGGACACCGACUGGUGGGUGAUGGCGCAAUGGACAGCGGGAGAUUGGUUGGUGGCAUCCGACGGCGGGAGGCGCUGGGGAUCGUGGGAGGAGCACGUAACCGGCGACAUGGUCAUGCGCUCCUUCCUGUACGGCCCUUCCGACGUCGCCGUGAUGAAGAAAUCCCUUCCGCCUGGUCUCCACGACACAACCACGAGCUUCGAGGUGCUGGCAGCGUUCUUGUGGCGCGCAUGCACGGCGGCGCUGGCUCUCCGGUCGGACGAGGAGACGCGGCUGGUGACCGUCGUCAACAUGGGGAGGCACUUCGCUCUAGGCCUGCCCGCCGGCUAUUACGGUUACGCCUGCGCCAACCCGGCGGUGGUGAUGGCCGCUGGGGCGCUACUGAGCCGCCCGAUAGGAGAUGUGGUGGAUCUGGUUCGGGAGGCGAAGGCGUCGGUGACGAACGAGUACGCGCGCUCCAUGGAAGACUACCUGGUGUUGGACGGGCGGCCUGCGUUGACCGCGACGAACCUGUUCACCCUCACCGACCUCAGGCGCAUAGGCUUCGACCGUGUGGACUUCGGCUGGGGCGAGCCGGUGUACGCCGGCGCGGCCAGAUCAAUGCUCUAGGUGAGCUCGUUGAUCACCAUCAAGAACGGCAGCGGGCAGAAUGUGGUGGCCGUGCCGGUCGCGUUGGAGAGGCUGCCAUGGAGCGGUUCGCGUCUGAGAUCGAAACGUUG